AUGGUGUGGCAGUUGCUGCCACUCCAUGCGGUCGAUGAAGAAGUUGUGCCACUUCCCUGCGACGGAGACGCCCCCAUCGGGCGGCGCCCUAACAACUUCCUCGUGUGUCCUCAUCUUGCAGUGAGUGGGACUCACUGCAUUUUGCACUGCACUGCUGGCCGCCCCCCUGAGUUUGAGGACUGCAGCACGAACGGCAGCUUCGUUAACGACAGGAAGCUGCAGAAGGGCCAGAGGUGUCGGCUAGCCGAUGGAGACAUCCUUUCGCUCACCAAACCACUUGAUGCAGAGGUCGAGCCAAAGGAUGGGGUAGAGCCGGGACCUCGCAUCCAGUACAAGCUGGUCUUCCAUGGAGAGCUCGAAGAGCCCAGGGAGGAUCCCGGUGACAUUCCCGCAACGGCGCCUGAUCCAAAGCGACUGCCUGACGCGGUGGCACAGGGGGAGAACCGCUUUGCCCAUUACUUGUCAAUUCAGGAGCAGCAGAGCAAAGCAAAGCUCAAAGCUGACCUGCUAGUUUCCCAGCGCGAGCUGGAUGAAGAACGUAAUCGCGUUGAAAAUCUCAGCCUAGAGCUGCGCAAAGUCCGCCAGCAGGCCGAGGAGGAGCGGCUUCGACGAGAGGAGGCCGAGGAAGCCCAGGACAAGCUUGGUGAGGAGGUGGAGGGCCUCCGGGUAGAGGCGCGCCAGCUGAAGGAGCUAACCGUCGCCCACGAGGAACUUCGAGGACGUCACGCAACUUCUGAAAAGGAGCUGGCAGAGCGGAGCCGGCAAUGCGAGGAUCUCGAGGCUCAGCAGCAGCAGCUGCGAGAGGACUUGACAUUGGCUGGGGAGGCACAACAAAAGUUGCGACAGCAACUGGCUGAGCUGCAAGUCCGGGCCAAGCAGGUGCAGGAGUGGGCGGAGAGGCUGAUUCGGCAGCAGCAGCUCGAGGCUGAGCAAGAUGCUGAACGUGCAAGCGAGGAGGGCCAGCGGCUCCAGGAUGAGCUCCAGGUGAUCGCUUCAAGCCGGGAGAAGCUGGAGGCGGAUGUGACGGCAAGCAGAGAAGCUCUCGCGAAGGCAGAGGCAGAUGAGCGAAGCGCCCGUUCGAAGCUGGAGGAUGCCACAGACAAGCGAACUGAGCUGGAAUGUCAAGCGGCAGCUGCGCAGUCCGAUGCCGAGACAAAGAGGAAUGCAUUCAAGGCCGCCGAGCAGCGCUCUGCCGCCGCCCGAGCCUUGCUCACGCAGCUUGGAGAGGUGGGCAAAGGCCUCUCCAGCGAACCGGGCCGCAGGCUUGAGCUGUGGGACGAGGUUCUCGAGGAGGGCCUUCCUGGCGCUGCCAAACCCUUGGAAGAAGCCCUGGCGGCCACCUGUCGCGAGGAGCCAGUUCCAGAUGGUCAGCUGCGAGUCCGAGAGUCGGAGCUUUCCUUGCAGGAAUGUGAGAAGCCGCGGCAGGAGCCACUUCUUACAGCGCAGCCCACGGUUGCAGCCAUGGAGCUGGACGACGAGGACCAGAAUGGGGCGCCUUUGGCGUCGGAACCUCCACCCACGGUCCCGCAGGCCGAGAAUGUCGGCCUUUCAACCGCAUGGAGCCUCGAAGUCUUGGACGUGGAGUCGGCGCCGCCGCGGAAGAAGCUUGACCUCAGCAUUGCAGGUAUCAACUUCCUUGGAGAUGCCAACGAUGCCCGUGCCGCACGAAAAGUUGAAGAUUUGGUGCAGUUCUACCUGCUGCCACCGGAGCCACGCUGGCUUCCGGAUGGCUACGAGGACGAUGACGUCCAGGCCAACCGCGCGGAGAUUCCCAGCCUCCUCGAACUGCUGGACAUCAAGCGCCGGGCAGUAUCCUCGAACUGGGAAAGUUCUUUGAAGACGCGAGCAGGCAUACCGGAAGCUGUAGGUGCAGCCCUCCAGUCAUUUCAUUGCCACGGCCUUGGUUUUGUUUCGCAUGGCGCCGUCAUGGCUGGUUGGCUGGACAUGGACAUGGCCGUGAGUUCGGAAGAUGCGGUGGGUCGAAGCCCCACCGAUGGGGAGCGGGAGAGGGACAAACGAAUGGAUGAUACGACCACGGCCAUCCACCGAGUGCAUGAAAGCAACAGGCAACUCAAGCCAGACAAGGCCGACCCCUUCGGCAUGCAGGCACGUUUGGCGAUCGCCCGGCAUCCAGUGUGUCCACUGCGCAGUUUGGCAGGACAGAAAGAAAAAGAUAAUUUUCAGCUGGAGUCAGGAACACAGCUCAAAGUGGAGGGUGACAUGACGAACGCCUGUGCAGAUAUCAGGGAGCUAAUGACUCUGCUGAAGGGCAAGGAUGAAAAGCCCGAGACUGAGCGGAAGGCCACGCUCAAGAAGCAGCUCAAUGAGUUUGCAGCACACAUGGAGAAUCCCCAGGACGUGGUCGAGCAGCUGUUGAAGGAUGAUCGUAUUGACAAAGCGGCUGAGCUGACGGUCUUGGCCAAGAUCUACAGUAAACUAUCAGGCAUAGACUUGGCGGCGGUGAGGCGCUGUGCAGCCUACACCCGACUGGUUGAUUUCAAGGAUCAAGCAGGGCUGCAGACGAACUGGAAGGUACAGGCGAAGUACGUCCUCUAUCCCAUGUUCCUGUUCUUCUGUUGCUUCGCUCUGCAAAGCUUUCUGCUCCACGUGACAACAGCCCUCUACGUGCGGUACAUGGACCGUAUCAAGGAUGAGCUGGAAACUUUGCGGUCAGCGUCCAACCAGCCCGUCGGGCUCGCCAAGGUUGAAGGUGGUGAAAUGUUCGAUCUCGUGUCUCACCUGUUUGUUGCGACGGAAACUGGAGAAAACGAGGCGGUCCGGGAUGGCAACGUGAAGAUCCCCAUGUUUAUUUUGGACCUUUCCGGCAUCAUUCCGGCCGGCCUUUGUGUGCUGACAUUUGGAGCUUCAGCUUAUCUUAACCGAUUCCACAUUGGCCUGUGGUACAAGACCUUCCUUGUUGCCUGCUGCAUGGCAAUCAUGAAAGGAAUCCUGGAUCUUGUGACGGUCCUUCCCGAUUCCAUUGGCUGGAAGCAGUGUCAAGCUCGGCUUGGCGAUGCUGCCCUGCAGCAAUUGCGGGACCGUCGCUGGUUUAGCAACUUCUGGGCAACCUUGUGGCAGGCGAUGAUUGACGAAAUCAUUGGUGUGGAAGGAAAACGCAUGAGAUAUUGCGCAGACAUGAUGGUUUCUGGGCACACAUACUUCGCGGCCUUGUUCUCCCUUGCGGCCUACAAGCUGACGGGUGCGGUGGACUUUCCCCUUUGGGCGCAGCGCUUGGUAGCCUUCGUUUGCGUGCUUUGCCUUAUCCUGGAAAUGGUCCUGGUGGCCGCGGCGCGCUUCCACUACACUGUAGAUAUGCUUGUGUCCGUCAUCUUGGUUUGCCUUCUAUGGGACAGUUUGCGCAUGGAACAGUGGUCCUCGGACCUCUCAGAAGGAUACAACUGGAGAGACCCGGAGUGGUGCCGGGUUGGACCUUGGUGGAAGCUCUUCAGGCUUGAGACUGCCAGGGCGAGGCCAAGUGAUGGGGAUGGCGAGCCCAAAGUCUUGCCGUCACAAGCCACGUUCUUGAUCAACCUGAGAAUGCUAUCUGGGAAAGCUCCCUGGUCCUUGGACGAUGUUGUUUCAUCUGGUGCCCAAGACAGCUACUCCAACGACCCAGCAAGUCCCACAAGCCAACGGCCUCCACUGGAUUCAUGGCGUUGUGACGAAGGGAUACCAUUGAUUGGACUUAACUGCAGCUCACUGAAGGAGCACGGCAUGCCGGAUGACGAUGACCCGGGCUUCGGAAUGAGGACCGCUACGUUGCGCGAUUACCAACGAAAGCACCACGCCGAAGUGACGGCCCUGUCCCAGGUGGUCGAAGCCAUCCGAGACAUGCAGGAGACUGUGGCGAAUACCUCAGGCAAGGCUGGUGACACUCAGGUGCGUGGUUGGGUGGAGCUCUUCGUGCCCCACUACCCCUGCUCCAGUUGCACUGGGGCGCUGGUUCAGUUUGCUGCACGACAUCCUCAAAUAUCCGUGCGUGUCGGCCACGACGACUGGCGACACUGGCUCAGGCGGCUUGACAAGUACUGGGAUCCCCAUGACGAGCGACAUCACCUCCUGUCCAUCAACGCGCGCCAGUUGCGCGACCUGGACAAGAACAUCGGAGAGGCCAUCCCAGAAAACUAUCGCAUGGCGCUGCGUGGCACACUCGGAGCCACGGGCAUCGCUGGCGAAAGGCCCCCCGUGGCUGUGCGAGGCUCAAUGCCACCACCUGCAGGAUAUCCUGCUGUUAAUGAGGCCGUGCGGCAAAGUGAAGCGCCGGCCAUUGCGCCAGAAGCGCCGCCAGCACCAUUAGCCGGAGUUCUUCCUGCCCAGGACAUUGAGCAGACUUCUCAUCAGGGCAUCCGGGCUCCGCGCAGUACCAUGGCGACAGGAAUGCAGGAAGAGCUCUGGUCAGAGACGUGGAAGAGACAGGCGUGCGACAGCCAAAGUGACGGCAGUUUGUCCUACCGAAGCUGUGCCAGUGCUGCUAGCAGUGAGGUGGAAAGAGGUGCAUCGAGUGCAGUUUCUGAUGGGGAGCAGCGCCCACAGGAUGCACGGGCUGCAGCGGCUGCAGUCAUUACACAGCAGGAGUUGCAGGACGUUAUCGCAGAGCUCGAGCAGAAGUGGGGCGAGUGCUGUGGCCUGUAUGUACAUGGUUCCACAAUAUUUGCUAACCAGCUCUGCCCACACGACCUGGACUUGAUUGCCGUCAUCGAUCAUGCGAAGCAAGAGGUGCUGCAGGACACGCCAGACUCGCAGUUCACCCUGGGCCGCUGUGAGGUGUCCGUGUUUGAGCGUCGAUGCUUCUUUGAGAAGCUGCAUGCCAUGGACCUGACCAUGCUGACCUGUCUUUCCACCCCAAAGCGCUUUGUGCUGAAAGAGCUCCAAGAUGAGCGCCUUCGAAACUUCGAGCUGGACCUGCGAUUGCUGGAGGAGUCUGUCACAUCCUAUGCAGAGUUUACCUGGCUGAAGGCACAGCGUGCCCUGAACGACUGGAAGGAUCCGUACAAGUCCAGCAAGAACGCAUACUUCGUCUUUCGUGUGCUGGAGUUCGGCUGCCAGCUUGCGGAUCAUGGGCGCAUUGUUGAUCUCAAGGCCGCAAACCAUAUGUGGGACGUCAUCAAGGAGCUCUACCAGGUACUGAACAUCCAGCCGCAGGAGGAGGAACACGGCAGUGACGUCAUCGAGGCCGUCCUGGCCAGGCACUUCAAGGACUCCCUGGAACGCUUCGAGGCCAAGGUGUCGGCGGCGCGCCAGCGCGAGCGCGGAGAGCGCGGAGGUUCGGAGGCAGAGGCAAAGAAGGCGGAGGAGACCCGGUCCGUGGAGGCGUCCAAGGCACCAAACUUGGACACCUGCGUCAUUUGCCUUGAGCCCACCAGCGGGUGUGGAAAGAAAGAGUUGAACCAACUAUUGCAAUCUCCAAGUGAUGCCAACGUGGCAGAAACCUGGGUGCAGCUGGUGAACUGUCGACACUGUUUCCACACGACCUGCAUCGCUGACGCUGUUCGGGCCAGCCUCAAAGCCGACAGAACUCUGCGACACGCCGCCUGCCCCGUCUGCAGGGCCUCUGUGGUCUUCGACUUCCAGGCGAGGUCCACUUUGAGCCGACGGCGGAGGAAGCGGCCGAUGUCCUUCGCGGGGUACCCGGCUACGAUCAGAAAUCCGGAAGACCAGCAUCGCGAUGAUCGUCGUGGCCGUGAUAAUCGCGAUGGCCGCCGCCGCGAUGACCGCAAUGACCGUGGUGAUCGUGAUCACGAUCGACUGUACACAGCAGAUGGUCGUCGUGGCCGUGAUAAUCGCGAUGGCCGCCGCCGCGAUGACCGCAAUGACCGUGGUGAUCGUGAUCACGAUCGACUGAACACAGCAGCCCUUCCGCGACGGAACCGAGCAUAUCAAGCUCGGCGGGCAUGA